AUGGCUCAGUUGCGUUUGAAUUAUUCAUCUCCACUAAGGCAAUUUAUUUUGGCUUUGCGGAGCGGGAAAACGUGCUGUUCUGUCUGUGGUUCACAAACAACAGACAUAUUUAGUCAAGUAGGCCUUCAACAACAUUACCGAAUUAGACACAGAGGCACAGAAUUCGAUGAUAAUGCGCUGAAAAACGGAGUGAAAUGUUUGAGAAAAUUUGCUGCAAAUGAAACCAAGGAAAACUUGAUAGCCCUUUCAGAACAGAGAAAAAAUUCGGUAGGUACAAUUUUUUCGGCUUUAUACUUUGAAUUGCGGAUGUAUUUUACAAUGAAUGUGUGUUUUAAUAUAGGAUUUUGGUAAUUACAAGAUUUUUGAUGUUGAAAGCGAUGGUGAGAGCAUGGUGUUGUGUUGUUCAAACGAGAAAGAGGCAGCAAAGUUGUUUGGGUUAUAUUUAGACCAUAAAGUUUCCUUGCCAAAACUGGAGAAUAGUGGUGAAGGCAUGAAAGUGAAUGUGAAUAAUAACUCAAUGAACUGCACGUUCCAAUUGUGGAAAGCUCACGACAAAGUGCAUGCAGAACCAAUGUACUACAAAUUGGUAAGGCAAUAUAUAAAUAUAUCAAAAUGCCCCUGCAUACCAAAAUAUUAAAUUUUUCAGCCAGUAUUCUGGCUCUCCUAUUAAAACGUGCUGUGACCACAAGGUCUGACCAUGAUGACAUGAUUACAGGGUUAUAGGUAUGCUUGAUAUAUUUGAAUACAUGCUUUGCAUUUGAAAUAUAAAAAUAGGUGUUUAAUUAAACACGUAAAGUACUGGAUAAAUGUUCCAGGGUCAGCUUUGCCAAUUUCAAAUGUUUUAUAGUAUAUUUUCCUCAAUUGUCUUCAUACUAGAUGUUCAUGUCAUCAAUGUCCAUUGUAUGUAAAUAUUUUUGCCAAACUUGUUGUAUUUUUUUUUAGAAAACACCUACCACCAUUUUGCCAGCACCAAAUCUGUCAAGUUGCCAAACAUCCCAACCAGAAAUAAGUGAAUAAGUGCCAUUCUUGUCCAGGAAAAUAGGGAAUUAUCAUUACUGAAUUAUUUGUAUCGAUAUGACUCAUUUCGCUAUGGUCAACUAGAAGCAAUUCAGUCCAUAUUGCAAGGGAAGGAUACUCUUACACUUAUCCCAACUGGAGGUGGGAAAAGUGUAGUAUACACUUUACCUGCGAUUCUGAAUCAAGGACUUUCAAUUGUCAUUGAGCCUUUGAAAUUCAUCAUGGAAGAACAGUGUGAGAAACUAAGACAAAAGCAAAUACCAGCAUUUUUCUAUAAUUCAUCAUUAACCGACAAAGAGAUGCAGUUUGUAAUAAAUUCCCUGUGUCGUCAAGACUUGUCUCAAGUAAUACUCUUUACCAGUCCAGAAUGUAUCAUGUCUGAAAAACUGUUGAAUGUUUUGAAAAAAUGGAGUGAUAGUGCAAAAUUGAACUUUAUUGCAAUUGAUGAAGCUCAUUGCAUAGAUGUUUGGGGACAAGGAUUCCGUGAAGAUUACCUUAAACUUGGACUGCUUAAAGAUUUCAAAGUACCUAUUGUUGCUCUUACUGGUACAGCUACGAGUACAGUCCAGAGUAAAAUAGUGGAAACAUUGAGAAUGGAAUCCCCUGAAAUAGUAAAAGUGACAAGUUCACGAAAUAAUUUGUUAUUAAACGUUGUACCAAAGCUUGAUAAACCCAAAAGACAAAUUGCCAACUACAUCAAUGAAAAUUAUAAGGAACAGCGUGGUAUUGUUUAUUGUGCACGCCGGAAAGAUACUGUUGAUCUUGCACAUGAACUUAAAACAGCCAACAUCAAUGCGGUUUUUGUCCAUGGUGCCCAGUACGAUGCCGAAAGGAAAAAGCAUGAGCGAGCUUGGACUGAUGGUCAUGCCCAUGUCAUUUGUGCUACUAAGUCAUUUGGCAUGGGUAUUGAUCAAAAAGAUGUGCGGUUUGUUUUGCACAUGUCAUUUCCAGAGAGUCUUGAAGACUAUUAUCAAGAAAUUGGCCGUGCUGGAAGGGAUGGAGAGCCUGCUGCUUGUACAUUGUUUUUUAAGCAUGAGGAUAGGUCUUUCCGUCUUCACAAUAUUGUUAAAAUUGAGGACAAAGAGUAUCAAAAACAUAAGUACAAUUUGCUUAACCAAAUUGUUAACUAUUGUGACAAUAACAUGUGUCGGCACAAGCAAAUCUUGUUGUAUUCUGAGGAGAAUGUUGCAGAAUGUGAGGACAAAUGCGACUUUUGUACUAGCAACAAAACAGUCGAAUUGAAAGAUCAUACUUCAGUGUCAAAAAUAAUUGUGCAAGGUCUGUUGGCAAAAAAAGAUAACAGUUUUGCUAUUAACACAGUUCUUGCUUGGGUCUUGUGCCACUGA